CUUAAAUUGUCCAGUUCAGUGUGUGUGUCUGUAUGUGUAAUUAUAUACUAAGAAAGAAAUGUUUAAAAGAAAAAUGAGUAGCAAUUUAUCCCAUCAUGGUGAAUAAUUAUACAUGAAGCCUUGUUUUCUAAUAAAAAAAAAAGACCUUAAGGUUGCACAUAUUAGAAUUUUACGAUCAAGACUACAUUAAAAACGACCUAUUUUUUUCAAAGGAUUAAUUGUGAUUUUGUGCUUACUAAAUCUUACAAAAUCUUAAGUUUAUGCAUUUUCAUUGUAUAUAAGAUAAAUUAACUCAUUUGUUUGGGUGACAGGACCAAAAUGCUAAAUUUUAAGUAAUAUUAAGUCAACUUUACUCAGUUGUUUAAGUAAAGACAACAUUAGGGUUUACAGUGUAUGAUCAAUUGUUAGACCAUUCACAAUCACAAACAGGGCUUGUAAUGUCACAACAGAGGGAAAUCUGAAACAAUGUGUUUUGAGACACUGCUUCUAGAAAUUAUUAAAAAAGAUGUUUUGCCAUUACAAACUGGUGGUUUAACCUCCGUGACCACACAUAAAUGCUUAAACACUACAUACAUUUGAGUGUUUCAUAAAAAAUAAAAAAUAAAUCAUUAUUUUACAUUUUAUACAUAAAUAUAACUCUAAUUACAUUCUAAUUACAUAGAAAGUUGGUGGUUCUCAACCACUCUCAACAUCACAACAUGCAUUAUUUAAAAAAGUGUUUCAGUGACGAUAUUGAUCUCUCUCUUUUUUUCUUUUCUUUUUUAAUUCAGUUUGGAGCCGGGCUGGCAGAGGGUUGUUCAGGUGGAUCUGGAGGUGGAUGGUGGUGGAAGUGCUGUAGGCAGCAGGUCGUUUUCCUGGGCAGUGGAAUACCCAGGCAUCAGGCCUGGCACGGAGGAAACAGAGACGCACAUCCACCUGGCACAGAAGGACCUUGUGGGCAUUGUGCCAUUGGCUAUGGAAACAGAGAUCCUGAACACAGCAGUGCUGAAUGGGAAGACGGUGGCAGUGCCGGUGAAGGUGGUGACUGUGGGCACUGAUGGGACCAUUACAGAUGUGUCAGACACUGUGCAGUGCCAGUCCACUGAUGAAGAUGUGGUUAAGGUGUCAGACAGGUGUGAUUACGUCUAUGUGAACGGUAAAGAGAUGAGGGGACGGGUCAGAAUGCUGGUGAAUUUCACGUAUGGUUACCUGAGGGCCCAGCUCGAGGUGAAAGUCUGGAUUCCUAAACUGCCCCUGCACAUCGAAGUUUCAGAUACCGAACUUAGUCAGAUCAAGGGCUGGAGGAUCCCCGUAAACCCCAACACCCAGAGGUCGGCACGUGACAGCGAAGAUGAAGAUGAUGAUGAAGAGCGCAGAGGAAAGACCUGUACUCUUCAGUAUCAGAGGGCCAUGGUGCGAGUGCUCACACACUUUGUAGCCGAAUCCUCUGAAAUGCGAGGUCAGGUGACACACAUGCUGGGCAGUGAUUGGCAGGUGGAUAUUACAGAGCUCGUCUGGGACUUCCUGAAAGUAGAGAAUCCCCGAAUUGCCAGACUGAGAGAGGGACGCAUUUUGGAAGGCAUAGACAGAGGAAUGACCAGCAUUCAGGUUCUGUCCCCGCUGUCAGACUCCAUCCUGGCGGAGAAGACAGUGGGGGUUGUGGAUGAUCGAGUGACCAUCACUGAACUGGGCCUGCAGUUGGUCAGUGGUCUCACACUCAACCUUCAGCUCAGUACAGGAAGCAACCGAGCCAUCAGUGCCACAGCAACCACACAGGAAGUGCUCAGCAAUCCUAAACAGGAGGCGUUGAUCAGUGCUUGGCUGCAGUUCAGUGAUGGCUCCAUGGCUCCUCUGGAUCUAUACAACUCUGAUCACUUCAUUCUGACCGCUACCUCUCUAGAUGAGGAUGUAGUGUCUGUUCGGCAGGACGCUGCAGGCCGGUGGCCGAUCAUUUCUGCAAGAGCUGAGGGUCAAGGUCUGCUGGUGCACGUCGAAAUGACGGUCUGUGAAGUAUGCCAGAAAUUUAAGCGCCGAAGCGUCUUGGCAGCUGGAAACUGCAAUAUUCGUGUAAAGUUUGGUCGCAGUGAAAGCGCCUUGAGGCCCGGAGACUACGGCCAAGAUGGAGAAGACAUUGACAACAGACCAGGAGACCGCAGACAGAACCCAUCUCUCCCUGACAGGACUGGAAUGGACAACCACUACUACGGAAGCUCUAUCUCAGACAUGGAGGAUGGUAUCAUGAGACGAAUCACUACCACCACCAAAACUGCAAUCAUAAGAAGACCCGGUGGAGACAAGCUCUCAGACGAUGGAAGCCAGUUGCCUGGCAUUCCCAUCGACUUCUCAGACUUUCCCGCUCAAGUGGACCUUCCCCGAGGAAAUAAUGUGGAUGAGGAUGACCUUCAAAUACCUCACGGACUUACUGACCUUGAAAUUGGGAUGUACGCUUUGUUAGGAGUCUUCUGCUUGGCCAUUCUGGUCUUCCUCAUCAACUGUAUCUCGUACACCCUAAAGUACCGGCACAAGGAGAUGUCGAUCGAGGGCCAGGAGAGCAUGAAUCACGCACACGAUUGGGUGUGGCUUGGAAAUGAUUCCGAACUGUUGGAAAGCCACGUGAGCCUGUCUCCACAGACUGAUGAGCACAUCACCAUUAUGGACUCCAGCUUAGGAGGCUUAGAAGAAGGGAGCCACCUUCUUAAUGGCGGGUCUUUGCAGAAAAACGUUCAAGGUCAGGUGCACCGAGGAGCUGACACUGCGACAGUCUGCACUGGGAAGGACAGCAAAGGUGAUUCGCCAACGACCAAAAGAAAACGAGUCAAGUUUACCACUUUCACCACCAUUCCAGUAGAAAGCAUCAGUCCGACUAAGGAAAAGCUGGGAGUUGAUCCUGACGAUGACAUUAAGUGGGUAUGUCAGGACGUUGAGCUUGGUGACUCCAAGGAACUACGAAAUUACAUGGAGCGACUAAAUGACAGUGCUUUAAAGGACGUGGCGUAGUCGAAUCAGUGCGUGCAGACUGAACUCACCCUUAUGCCUUUGUAAAAGAGACAAGUACGAGCCAGGGAACAACUGCUACAUAAACCUUACGAACACAACACAUCAGCCAUCAUAAAGGAUGUCUAGCGUUCUUUUGGUUUGACUUGCCAGCAGUAGGACAAUGCUGAGAUCAGUAGACUUGACAUUUUAUCAAGAUGAAACAUUUUUUUUUUGUAUGUUCAUUUAUAUUACGUUCUCAACGCUCUUCGUUUUUUUAAUGAUUUUAUUUUAGCACCUUUUGUAGUAAAAAGAAAAAAAAAACUAAACUGUAUUUCCAGGCUUGCCAACGCUCUGCACUCACUUAUGAGGCUACAGGACUGUAUGCAGAUGGUGACAUGUAGAUUAAGGAUUGUAAUAUUAAAGAAUCAUUGUAAAUAAAGUGCACAUAGAAUGGUUUGGA